AUGAGGGAACCCCCCACUACGAUGAGCGAGACUGAGCGCUACAUAGUGUGGUGUGAGCAGGUUCGAGCGCUUUUCACCCGUGAACCCUGUGGCGCGGUUGAAGAUGCAGCGGAUAGCAACAAUGACGACGCUUACUUCCCGGAGUGCUUCUACAUGCGAAUGUUGGGAGCUUUAAAGAAAUGUGGUGGUGAUGGCGUAGCGGUUGAAAGAAGUAGACGGAGCAGCAUAAGCAGUGACAGUUGCUUUUCAUCCGUCUCUCAACAACGCAACCGCGUCGAUGAGGAUGUUUUAGCGUCCCGCCUCGCCUCGAAGUUGGAGGCCCAUGCCCGAGUUCUCAGCCGCCAGCGCCAGCGCCAGCAGCAAAAGCGGCAGGAGGAGGCGGCAACGGUGCGGCGCACGGUUACGCGACUGCCAUUCCGGGAUUGCGCCGUGGAAGCGAAGGUUGCUGCAAUAAAUGAAGAUUUGCACGAUGCGCUACUUUACGUGCGUCAGCGGAAUAUGUUGUCAAACCAACUUCGACGCCAACUUGAGGAAACGCGGCGGCUUCUUGUUAUGCAAGUGCCUUCGUCAUCAUAA